ACGCUCCAAGUCUCUCUUUUCCACUCCCCAAAUCUCUCCUUCAAAGUUAAUACCAGAAGCUGGAGUCCCUCACACACCUUCCGCACUGUCAGUCAAGGUGUCGCGGGUGUUCGGGGUCACUCACUGCUUAAUAAUCCCGCUUAUCCAAGGGAUGUCGUCUAAGUCGGGGAUGAUGAUUUAUCAGCUGUCGGCGUUAGCCGGUUUGAUAUUCACCUUGUGUCUUGUCGUCGUGGGCAACGGUGAGCAGUGAGCACGGCUAUGGCAUCACCACCAAAACCUUGGGAGCGGGGCACACCAGCAGCAACACCAGCAGCAGCCCCAGCAACAACCAUCGCUCCCGCAUCAUCGUCAAGUACGACAAGCUUCUCUUCAGAACUACCCUCAGUGCCUGCACGUCCCCCAGCUCUCUCCAACCCAUCUACAUCUAACCUUGCACCCUACAACACCCCAUAUUCUCCGUACCAACGAUUUGGGUCCUCGCCAUACAGCUCAAGCAUGUACGGCGGUUAUGGCGGAAUGAGCGGCGGCUAUGGCGGAAUAGGCGGGGGCUAUGGUACUGGGUACGGCGGCGGUUAUGGUGGAUAUAGCAUGAACGGCAUGAACAGUAUGUAUGGUGCCAUGCCCGGAAUGGGUGGAAUGGGCAUGUAUCCCGGUAUGGAUCCCAACAAUCUUUCCCUUUCACAGACCCUUGAGACCACGACCCAACACACCUUCUCCCUCCUCCACUCCAUCGUCCAGACCUUCUCGGGCGUAGCACAAAUGCUCGAGUCCACAUUCAUGGCGACGCACAGCUCGUUUUUCGCAAUGGUCGGCGUCGUCGAGCAGUUCAGCCACCUCCGCAAUGCAUUGGGGAGUGUAUUGGGCCUCUUUGGUCUUAUACGGUGGAUGAAAGAGCUCGUCACCGGCCGGCCGAGUUCUACAAGCUUACAAGGUGAAUUCAGGGAGUUUAUUAGCGGAAAGCCCGUCCAGGGCCCCAUGGGUCCUCCUCCUAUCAAGCCCAGCCGAAAACCCAUCAUCAUAUUUUUCCUCGCCAUCUUUGGCGUUCCUUACGCCAUGACGAAGCUCAUCAAAAUUCUCAAUGAGCGUGCGAUGCAACAGCAGCAAGCACAGAUCGGACCUGGUAGUCCAUUGGGUCCCCUUGAUCCGUCGACGCUUACUUUUGCACGCGCACUAUAUCCGUUCACGCCUUCAUCUCCAUCUGAGCUUGCGCUGAAGGAGAAUGACAUCGUCGCUAUCAUGGGAAAGCUGGAUCCCAGCACUGGUGUGGAGGUAGAUCCACGGUUAGAGGUGGAGAGCGAGUGGUGGAAAGGUCGGACGCGCGAGGGCCGCGAAGGCUGGUUCCCAAAGAAGUGGGUCGAGGUCCUCGAGCGGAGGAAACCCGCAGAAGAGGACAAGAAGGUGGUUUGAGUAUCAGAUUCGUUUUCUGUGGUGUCGCCGCUAUCUUACUUUUUUGAUUUUGAUCAUUGAUUUUUUAUUAUUGUGUCAUAGACCCGGGAUGUACAUCAGUUUUAUCAUACGAAAACUAUGGGCCAGGUGAAAUUGAUGCGGUCCUGCCGUGCCUGUCGCGGCACUGUAACAAAUUCCUAGGUACAGAUCACAAUUCCUCGGAGAUCAUUCUUCAGAUCUUUUCCUUACAAUUGGUCAACGUCGUGAAGAACUGCUUCCUCAUCGUUCUUCUCUUUUCAUCUGC